AUGCUUCGAAGGAAUCCACUCUCAACAGUCAAGUAUAACCAACUGAAGAAUCACAGUCCUCCUCCAUACCAGACCAUCGGCCAUCCAGCUGAGGCGAUGGAUCCCAAGAGUACCUGUUAUAUUGUACAGAUGGGGAGUGUACCUGGGCACAUGAAACAUACAUCGGACAUGUUGAUAUUCUUACACUUUGCCGACUACGCACCAGAGACAAGCCAAGACAAUCCAGGCCGACGAAGUCCGCAGCAACGAGCACUGAUUAACGGUCAGCGAGCAACAGAAAGCGCACGAGGAGGGGACUUUAACCAAGAUACCGAAGGAUACUCCCACUCCUUUCACCUUGCAGCAUGCUCUGCCCACAUCCCAGAGAAAUAA